AUGAGACCUUUUGACAACGAAUCCAAGGGAUUUCUUUCUGGCCGAACAGAUCAAAUUGAAUUACCUGUGGUACAGGCUGUUUCAACAAGUUCAAAUUCUCAAGAACCACUUCUUUCUAGCAAAGACCCACUACGAGAUGGAAGCAACGUGGGGAAUAGGUUGAGUGGAAACAGCGAAACUCUGAUAACCAACUCUGAUGCUGAUCAUCCUAUGGAGACGGAUAAUAAUAACUCUAAUCUUAAUAAUACUAAUUCCUCUACUAAUACUAAUGAUAACAAAGAUUCGUCAUCCAAUUCCAGCAAUAAUGAAAAUGGGGACAGUAGCAACAAUUCAAAUAGAAGGCAUAGCAACCAUUGUCACAAGCAUAACCAUCUAAGCAGCACUUCUACCCUCAAGGCAAGAGUUACUUCUGGAAAAUAUGCAUUAUAUGAUUUUCAGAUUCUGAGAACUUUGGGUACAGGUUCGUUUGGUAGAGUUCAUUUGGUGAGAUCCAAUCACAACGGCAGGUUCUAUGCAAUGAAAGUUUUGAAAAAAAACACCGUUGUCAAAUUGAAACAAGUGGAGCAUACCAACGAUGAAAGAAAUAUGCUAAGUAUAGUAUCCCAUCCUUUCAUAAUUAGAAUGUGGGGAACUUUCCAGGACUCACAGCAAUUGUUUAUGAUCAUGGAUUACAUCGAAGGUGGUGAACUAUUCUCUCUUUUAAGGAAGUCUCAAAGGUUCCCAAACCCGGUCGCGAAGUUUUAUGCAGCAGAAGUUUGUCUUGCGUUGGAAUACCUACAUUCUAAAGGCAUCAUUUACAGAGAUUUGAAACCAGAAAAUAUCCUUUUAGAUAAGAACGGACAUAUCAAGUUAACUGAUUUCGGGUUCGCUAAAUAUGUUCCUGAUGUCACUUACACUCUCUGUGGAACACCGGACUAUAUCGCACCUGAAGUGGUAAGCACAAAACCUUACAACAAAUCUGUGGAUUGGUGGAGUUUUGGUGUUUUAAUCUACGAAAUGUUAGCAGGAUAUACACCUUUCUACGAUUCAAACACAAUUAAGACCUAUGAGAAUAUUCUAAAUGCUCCAGUAAGAUUCCCACCAUUUUUCCAUUCUGAUGCUCAAGAUCUAAUAUCGAAACUCAUCACAAGAGACUUAAGUCAACGGCUAGGUAAUUUACAAAAUGGAAGUGAGGACGUAAAGAAUCAUCCGUGGUUCAGCGAGGUUGUGUGGGAAAAACUACUCUGCAAAAACAUUGAAACUCCAUAUGAACCUCCUAUUCAGGCCGGACAAGGCGAUACCUCUCAAUACGAUAGGUAUCCAGAGGAAGAGGUUAAUUAUGGCAUUCAAGGCGAAGAUCCGUACCAUAGUAUUUUCACCAACUUUUAG